CACUCCGUGCUGUGUAUUUAUACUGAAUACUGAGAUCAUCUGUAGUUCUAAAUUCAGGUUAAACCGAACGCUUAGGUUUAUCUAUUUAAACGGAUUUUAUACGAGCUUCACCAUGAGGAAGAGUGAGCUACAUGCUGCUGAGUCGGUGGCAUGUUUGAAUAAAGCACUGAAUCACCUGAGAGACAUCUGGGAGGAGAUCGGCAUUCCUGAGGACCAACGAAUGCAGCGCACAGAGGCUGUUAAAAUGCACAUAAAGAAUCUUCUGGACAUGAUGAUUGCAGAGGAGGAAGGGCUUAGGAAGAGGCUGCUAAGCAGCAUCGAGUCCUGUCGAAAAGAGCUGAAUGUUUUGUGUGAGGAGCUUCAACUUCCACCAUUUGAGGAGGAUGAAGGUUUGACUAUGUUGCAAGUGGAAAAAGAGAUCCGCACACACCUAAAGGUUAUGCUGAAGCAGAAGAACCAGCGUUUGAGUGAGCUGAAGAGUCUUAUACAGCAGGACCGUGAACUGUGUGAUAUCCUGUGUGAUAACUUGUACACCAUCGAUCCUGACUGCGUGCCCUCUGCCCAGCAGCUGGAGGACUACCGCCAGCACAUUGCCAUCCGCAAUCAGGAAAAGGAGCGUCGAUAUGCUGAGUUUGUGGCCAUCAAACGUUGCAUCAUCACAUGCAUGGAGGAACUUGAGCAGAUGCCAGAAACCAGCUUUGAGAGAGACGUGGUAUGUGAGGAGGAGGACACAUUCUGCCUCUCAACAGACAAUAUUGCAGCACUUAAAGUGCUACAGAGUCAGUUGGAGAAUCAAAAAGCAGACAUUAAAGCGGUCUGUGUGUCCUACCGUGGUCGUAUUGUGGAGUUAUGGGAGAGACUGCAGAUUCCCCAGGAGGAACGAGACUCUGUUGCUGAACACAUGCAAAGCAGCAGAAAGAAAAACAUGGACUCGCUGCACACUGAACUGGAGCGUCUGGAGGAGCUGAAAAUGAAGAACAUCAAGAGUGUGAUUGAAACGAUCAGAGCAGAAAUUGCGUGCCUCUGGGAGAAAUGCUUUUAUAGCCAGGACCAAACACAAGCCUUCAUUUCAUAUUACAGUAAUGACUUCAGUGAGGAGCUGCUAACAGCACAUGAACAAGAGGAACAGAGACUAAAGCAGCAGUAUGAGCAGCAUAAAGAGCUGUAUAAUGGAGUGGCCAACUGGCAGAACAACUGGGUGACAUACCAGGAACUGGAGAAAAAAGCCAACGAUCCAUCCCGCUUUCACAACAGAGGAGGCAACCUGUUGCGGGAAGAGAAACAAAGAGCAGAUCUUCAGAAGAGUCUGCCCAAGCUGGAGAAAAGUCUGAAGGUCCAGAUUGAGCAGUGGGAGGCAGAGCAUGGUUCUGAGUUCCGUGUACAAGGGCAGCACUUCAUGCGGUAUGUGGAGGAGCAGUGGAACCUGCACCAGCUGGAGAAAGAGAGAGAGAAACUCGAGAGGCAAAUGAAAAAGAGCAAACAGACUGAGGAGGACAUGCUGUAUGGCACAACACUAAGAACACCCACCAAAAGGAGGAUAGCAGGAACACCUACACCUGGAAAAUCACGCAAGUUGAACUCCACCUCCAGUGUCUGUAGCUCCACUCCUAAUACCACACUGCGCUCCAUCUGUCACUCCCCUUCCAUGAGACCGCCUCUUUCUGUUAGCAAGAUUGGUUUAGGUUUGCGUACUCCAUCUCGUUCUCGAACCCCACGUACUCUGGAGAAAAAUAAGGAGAAUCUUUCUAAGCUGCCUGGAGCAUUGCGCACCAUGACGUCCAGCACAUACAGAAACUGCUCUAUCAACUCCGUUGCCAGCUCCUACACUGAAUUUGCGAGGGAUUGUGUCAACAUUGAAUCAACAACCAUCUCCAGCGAGAACUCUCACAGGCUUCAAAAUUCAACAGCAAGACUGGAGUUCUGAACUCCACCAUCACCCGCUGAGUGCUUCUACAGAGGACGCCGUCCGUGACUGUGUUCUCACUUCUGUCUUUGCUUGGUGAUGGUGCUUUUCCAGAUGAAGGAAAUUUCUCAAGAAAAUACUGAAUGUAAACUACAAGUAAAAAAUGUUUAUGCGACAACCUUUGUAAAUAUUUUACUUUUUGUUUUAAUGGUUUGUGUUUUUAACACUCAUUCGAGCUUCGAACAAAUCAGUCCUACAUGCAAAUCUACUUUCUAUAGACAUCCUGUCAAGAUUAAGGUAGUUUUUAUAAAAACUGCUAUGAAUUCUUUCUUUUUGGGGGGUAAUGUGUACAGUAUCCACUGGGUUGGCAUUAUGAAGACUUUUUGCUGUUUUAGUAUGAUCUGUUCUGUCUGUAUUUAUUUUCACUUUCUACUCCUUACCAAGACUACUCCAGUUUUAAUAUGUUUCCUUUCCUUCAGACUUAACAACCUGUAAAAUAAAAGUCUUCAACACGA